UCAGCUGCCAAUAACUAUAAAGGAGGCGUCGUCACCGCCUUUUGCCAUGGCAACUGGCUAAGGCCGUGGGGUAACACGGCUGUCGCGAAAUUCAAUGCUGUUGUUGAGGACAGCCUUGAGGUCAUCUCUCUUCUUAUAUGAGAUGAUUGUUCUUAUGCGACUGGCUUCAUUUACAUUACCAUUCGGAUUACUAAUCAACAGAGCCAUGGCAUGGACCUCUACUGGGAAAACUCACGCUGACCUGGUCAACAAUCUACGCAAGAACAGUGUGAUCAAAUCACAGCAUGUAUAUGAUAUAUUACUGGCAACAGACAGAGCUCAUUAUAUACAGUAUUUUCCAUACAUGGACUCACCCCAAAGCAUAGGGUACAAGGCAACGAUCAGUGCCCCACAUAUGCAUGCACAUGCACUGGAGUUGCUGGAAGACAAGCUGGUAGAAGGAGCCAAGGCUCUGGAUGUAGGCUCUGGGAGCGGAUACCUGACUGCGUGUUUUGCCAGAAUGGUUGGACUGACUGGAAAGGUGGUUGGCAUUGAGCACAUUAAUCAUCUUGUUAAAGAUGCUGUUCAGAAUGUGAAGCAGGAUGAUCCAGCCUUACUGAGCAAUGGACGUAUCAAGUUUGUGGUUGGGGAUGGCAGACUUGGCUAUCCUGAGGAUGGACCUUAUGAUGCAAUUCAUGUUGGAGCUGCAGCUGCAACAGUGCCUCAGGAGUUGCUGAAACAGCUGAAGCCUGGAGGCAGACUGGUAUUGCCAGUGGGGCCAGAAGGUGGCAGCCAGGUUUUGGAGCAGUACGACAAAGAUAGCGAAGGGAAGAUCACCAGAGUUCGUCUCAUGGGUGUGAUGUACGUUCCUCUGACUGACAAAGAAAAGCAGUGGCCAAGGGAUGAACACUGAAACCUGCAUAAAGACAAAGGGAAAUGGAUAAGAAGAAGACUUGACGAUUAGUCUACAGGAAGAGUACGUUGGGAAGCAGCCAUAAUGCUCCCGCUGACAUAUUCUGCAUGGUGAGAGGUGGAGCUGAGUGUGCUGUGAUAACGCUUAGAUAUAUCCGCGCAAUGUGAGAGAGCCUGAUUAUAAGCUAAGGAAGGGAUUAAUACAAAUUGUAUUUACCAAGAGACUAAUUUAUAUAAGAGAAUAAAUAACUUAUAAUUUAAUGACACUUACCUGCAGGAAAACAGUGGAUUUACAGCAUCAGGAACUGUAAAGUAACAUUAUUGUAUACCCAGUAUCCUUUGUUUACUAAAGUCAGGCCAAGAUAUCAAGGAAGCUAUAUGCAUAACUGCUUGAGCAACAGAAAUAGCCAUUGCCAUGAAGCAAGCCUUAUGCUUUCUGGAGCUUGUACUAUUGGGCAUAUUUAUGUACAGAACUGGACUAGAAUCACCAAACUAACCAAUCAGAAUUUUGUAUCUGUAGUGACAUGUACAAGUCAUUUUGAAUAGAGAAAACCAGUCGGAUAACUAGCGAAACAUUUUCAAGAGAAUAAACACAGCAAGUCCAGUUGAAUUGACUUAUUACUGCAGAUAUAUCAUGACCUGGAUGAAUGAAAACCUUUACAGACAAUCACAAUCUUGGUUCUUAUUCAUUUUAUCAUGGUUGACAAAAUGCUGACUGGUUAGUAUGGGAUAUUACUUCAGCCCUGUUUCUCAGCCUUGGAUCCCCAGUUGUUGAACUAUAACUCCUAGCAUAAAUGAAUCCUUUAUCAGAUGUUGAAGACCAUGGGGGUUGUAGUCCAGCAACAUGGGAACCCAAGGUUAAGAAACAGAGUACUAUGGAAUACAUCUAUUUUUGUAAUCCUGCUCAAUGUCCCCUUUAAGCCCCGAUUAAUUUUAACACCAGCCCACACAGCCAAUUGUGGUGCACACAGAGGUUUUAACUCAGCAGUUUUUGCACCCAUGCAAAAGCUAUUUUGUUCUGUGUUGAAAUCUUACCAACACUCCACUAAUAUAAGCGCUCCAGUUAUGCAAGGCAGCUUGAUUGUAUAUAGCCUGGAGGCCUCUUGUACAACAGGGCCACAAAGUCCUAUGUUUUCUGCCCAUAAGGCAUCUUGACAACCCUUCUCAGUGGCACAGCUGUUUGUGUUCCUUGGUCUGUGUAUGCAGUACUGUAUGCAUAGAGGCAAGGAGUGGGGUCACUUGGUAAGCUCUUCCUUGUGUCAUUAAUGGCAUGUAAAGAAGGGGUGAUGGGGGUCAAAGGCACUCCAGAACCCUAUACUUAAUGCCAGAGUUGGGUCAAGUAGUAUUGGCAUUCCAGGCAAUAUGCUGUGCUGCAAGGUGCAGAGCACAGUCUGUACAACCUGUGCCUAAUGGUAAAACAGUGACUCCUAUAAAUAAAGAACAACACAUAACUUACUGUGGGAUGCAGCAGCCGCUGGACUCACUUGUUUAGAUGUCUUUUGGAAUAUUUGUACCAUGAAACAUUGGACUGUAAAUAAUAUACAUGCUUGUAUCUACUCUGAGACUGCUGUACAAGUGUUCAUGUAAAGGGUUUAAUAAAGCUUUAAUCAAAAUGUAUCUCUAUGCUCAACAUGAAGGUUGUACAAAAAGAACUGUGUGACUCCUGACCAUGUUUGCUGGAUGCCAUUAAUUGCUUUCUUG